AUGCGUCGUCUGCUCCAUGUCCUACUCUUCCCGGUGGCCGCGAACGCAGUUAGGACGGUCGAGAUGAAGGCCUGGGGUGUCUGCUGUUGCUUCCUGCCUCACACCGGCGAGUUCACAGAGUUUCUACCAAGCUCGGAGGAUAGCUUCUACUGGGACUUCCGAGAAAAGCAGGGUAUGCCAGGACCUGAAGAUUCAUGCCCCAAGCAGCCGGACGGGCGGAAGUCUCUGUCGCCGCGCGGGUGUCGAGGUAGCCGGCUUUCCACCCAGCCGAAGUCCACGCAGUCUUUGAAAGUUUAUGGCAGCGCCAAGGGCGACUUGCCAACCGAGUGCGCUCCCCUGAUGCCUCAUCCCGAUGAUAUGUUUUGCGAGAGCUACCUGGUGCGCGAAUGCGGCAGCCUCACGAUCGACAUUCCAGAUAAGUGGAAGAAUUGCUACCGAAAUACCAGCGACUACGGCCACAACCAGAUCGAUCCGUCUUGCCCGCAAUGCAGACAUGAUAGGUUCAAGGACGGAUGCAAAGAUCAUCUUUGA